AGUCCAGGUUAGUCUGGAUUUAUGUGUUUUUUACAGUUUUUUAAUCAACAUACAAAACAUAUUAUUUUUAAAUAAUUCUACUGUAAUUGUCAAGUAAUUGCAUAUUAUAUUUAUGGCAACAAUUGCAAAUAAACAAAUCAUUAACAAUAUCAAUCAAUUAUUUAGUAAAAAUAAUUUUAUUUGCUUGUAAUUAACGUGGCUAGUGUCAUCAACAUCAACAUCAUCAUCAACAUCAAAUUUAUCUAAUCAAAAACAAAAUAGAUAAAUAAAUAAACAAAUAAAUCUAGUUAAAAUGUUGGAGACACUUCAAAUGACUAUUUUGUAUGGAAGUGAGACUGGAACUGCUCAGGAUACUGCUGAGGACAUUUGGAAAAGUGCCAAAAGGUUACAAUUAAAAUGUACAGUAAAAUCAAUGGAUGAUUAUGACAUUAAAAAUUUAUUAUCUGAAAGUUUAAUUAUAUUUGUUGUUGCAACAACAGGACAAGGUGAUCAACCAUCUAAUAUGAGAAAAUUUUGGCGUUAUAUGUUGAAUAAAAAGCUACCAAAUAAUUUAUUAGAAAAUAUAAAUUAUGGUGUUAUUGGUUUGGGUGAUAGUUCAUAUGAAAAAUAUAAUUAUGCAGCUAAAAAAUUGAACAAUAGAUUAUUACAAUUAGGAGCUAAACAAAUUAUUCCAAUUGGUCUUGCUGAUGAUCAACAUGAUCUAGGAAUUGAUGCAAUAAUUAUACCAUGGGUUAAAAAACUUUGGGAUUCAAUACAAAUAAUAUUUAACGUUUCACUUAGCACUGAUCAUAAUAAUGAUAAUUUAAUUGAACGUUUUGAUGUAAAAAUAUUGCCAAUGAACAAAGAAACAUCUAAAAAUAUUAACAAAAAAUAUCGUGAUAUUCAUAAAGAAGAAAUUAAAAUAAUUGACAGAAUGAAAAUAGCAACAGUUAGUGAUAAUAUUCGUACAACAUCACAUGAUCAUUUUCAAGAUGUUAGAUUAAUUAAAUUAAAAUUAAAUAACAUUGAUUAUUUACCAGGUGAUUUGAUAUACAUAAAACCAAAAAAUUCAAUUGAACAAAUUAAUAAUUUUUUUGAGCUAUUAAAGGAUAUUAAUGUGCCAUUAUAUCCUGAGAUGAUUAUUAAAAUAAUUGAAAAAGAAAUAAAUAUUCCAGUUUGUUUAAAAAUUUCUGAUUUAACACUUUAUGAAAUUGUUGAACAAUAUUGGGAUUUAAAUUAUAAACCAAGAAGAUCAACAAUGAAAAUAUUAGCAUCAAUAGCUGAUGAUGAAUUGGAAAAAGAAAAAUUAACUGAAUUUAGUUUAUCAAUUGGUCAAGAUGAACUUUAUAAUUAUGUAAAUAGACCAAGAAGAAAUAUCAUUGAAGUAUUAAAUGAUUUUCCACAUACGAAAAAGAAACUAAAUGAAAAAAUAUUAUUUGAAAUAAUGUCACCAAUAAAACCACGUGCAUUUAGUAUUGCAUCAAGUAAUAAACAUUCAAAUAAUGAAAUUCAUGUACUUGUUGCUGUUGUUAAAUAUAAAACAAAAUUAAUAACACCAAGGCUUGGUUUGUGUUCAAAUUGGCUAGCAUCAUUAAAAUAUAAUGAUGAAAUAGUAUGCUGGUUACAAAAAGGAACAUUUAAAUUUGCCAUUGAUAAACCAAUGAUUCUUAUUGCUUCUGGUACUGGUGUUGCAGCAUUUAGAUCACUUUUACUUGAUUGUGCUGCAAAAAAUUAUAAUUUAAAUAAUACAUGUAUGUUUUUUGGUUGUCGUUAUAAAGUUAAAGAUUAUCAUUGUCAAGAUGAAUUUGAAUUAUUACAAAGAGAAAAUAAUUUACGAGUAUUUUGUGCAUUUUCAAGGGAUCAACCAGAAAAAAGAUAUGUUCAACAUGCUAUUAGAGCAGAAGGUCAACUUUGCUGGAAUUUAUUGGAACAAGGAGGACAAAUUUAUCUUUCUGGAAGUUCAAAAAAUAUGCCAAAAUGUGUUCGUGAUGAAUUUAUUGAUAUUGCUAAAAAUUAUGGACAUUUAUCAACUGAUGAAGCUGAAGAAUUUAUUAUUAAACUUGAAAAAAGUGGUCGUUAUCAGACAGAAACUUGGAGUUAAUUUAUACUUGAACUUGAAUAUUUAAUUCAAAUGGGUAUAUUUUUUUUUUGAUGGGUGUUUAUUAAUAAAAAAAAUAUUAUAAAUAAA